CUGCCCAAAGGGACCCAUGGCCACUGAGAGCCCCUUGGAAAGUCUCCAGGAGGAAGCUACAUGCUCCAUCUGUCUGGAGUAUUUUAAGGACCCUGUGAUUAUAGAGUGUGGGCACAAUUUCUGCCGAGCCUGCAUCACCCAGUGCUGGGAGGGAUCCGAUACAGCCGCCUCCUGCCCUCAGUGCAGAAAAACUGUGCAACAGAGAAACCUCAGGCCCAACAGACAGCUGGCAAACAUGGUAGAAAUAGCCAAACGGCUAAAUUUACAGGCAGCAAAGGGAGCAGGAGGACAGAGGGUGUGUGGGGAACACCAGGAGACUCUGAAACUGUUCUGUGAAGAGGAUCAAACUUCGAUCUGUCUGGUUUGCCAUCUGUCCCGGGCUCACAGAGAUCACACGGUGGUCCCCUUAGAGGAGGCUGCCCAGGAGUACAAGGAAAGAAUCCAGGCCCAUUUAAAGACUCUGAGGGAAGAGAGAGAAAAGCUGCUGGGAUUGAAAGCGACUGGAGAGGCAAAAAGCCAGGAGUAUCUGAAACAAACACAAACCGAGAGGCAGAAGAUUGUGUCUGAAUUUCAGCGACUGCGGCAGUUCCUGGAGGAACAAGAGCGACUCCUGCUGGCCCAGCUGGAGAAGCUGGAUGAGGAGAUUGUGAGGAUCCAGAAUGAAAAUGUCAGUAAACUCUCCGAGCAGAUUUCCCAUCUGAGUGAGCUGAUCAGUGAGAUGGAGGGGAAGUGUCACUUGCUGGCUUCUGAAUUUCUGCAGGAUAUUAAAAGCACCUUGAGCAGGUCUGCGAAGGGGAAGUUCCAGCAGCCAGAGGAGAUUUCUCCUAAGUUAGAAUUAAGACUCAGUGAUUUCUCCCAGAAAACUGUUGCUCUCAUGGAGACUCUGAGGAAUUUCAAAGCCACUCUGCCAUCUGCACUAGAGACAAAAAGAGGAGGAUCCCUAGGAACAUUCAGACAGGACACUCUGCCGUCUGCACUGGAGAGAAAAAGAGGGGAACCCCUAGGAGCCCCCAGACUGGCGAAUGUGACUCUGGAUCCAGACACGGCUCAUUCCGAACUCGUCCUGUCUGAGGAUGGGAAAAGUGUGAGAUGGGAACACAAACGGCAGGAUCUGCCCGACAACCCUGAGAGAUUUAACUAUUGGGAAUGUGUGCUGGGCUGUGAGGGAUUCACCUCUGGGAGACACUGCUGGGAGGUGGAGGUGGGGGAUGAGGGAGGCUGGGCUGUGGGGGUGGCCAGAGAGUCUGUGAGCAGGAAGGGAGAGAUCAGCCUCAGCCCUGAGGGGGGGAUCUGGGCUCUGGGGCAGUGGGGGGGUCAGUUCCGGGCUCUCACCUCCUCUCUGACCCCCCUGCCCCUGAGCCGGGCCCCCAGCAGGAUCCGGGUUUGUCUGGACUGUGACCGGGGGCAGGUGACAUUUAUUGUAGCUAGUGACGAGGCCCCGAUCUUCACUUUCCCGCCAGGCUCUGUCCCUGGGGAGAGAAUCCGACCCUGGCUCUGGGUGGUGGGAUCCUGGCUCAGCCUGUGUCCCUGA